AUGCAGAAGAAAUGUGCUCCAGACCUGACCUUUGAUGCAGUGACCACUAUUGGUGAAGCCACCUUCUUUUUCAGAAAGAGAUAUCUCUGGAUUAAACAUAAUGAGCAAUAUGACAUAAAAGAAGGUCCCAUCACCAACUUUAUGCCCAAGCUCAAAACCAGCAUUGAUGCAGCGUUCUGGGUACCUCGCCGAUCUACUGCUUACCUUAUUCAUGAAUCCAUAUUCUGGACAGUGAAAGGCUCCUUUGCGAAGGGGAAGCCCAGAUCACUCAGCCACUUUGGAUUUCCAGCCUCGGUGCAGGACAUUGACGCAGCAGUGCACAUAGUGAAAACAGGACGCACCCUCUUCUUUAUUCAGGACAAUUACUGGAGUUACAAUGAAAACCGAAGGGUUAUGGACUUUGGUUACCCAAAAAACAUCAGUGAGGGCUUUCCAGGAGUCAAUGCCACAAUAAAUGCAGCUGUUUAUAAAGAGGGCCUCAUCUACUUCUUUGUCGGACCACAAGUCUACAAAUAUGACUACACCCACAAACAUGUUGUAGGAGUUGAGAAAGCAAAUUCCUGGCUUGGCUGUUGA